AGUUUACAUAAAUUACUAAACACCCCGAGCUUAAAAAAUGCCAGCAAAAUCAGCUGAUCGCAAGAAGGAGUCGAAAGAUGCAAAAUUAGCGAGCAAUGAGCUUGCUGAAAAUUUAGCAGCAUUUGUCUUGCCUGAUAGUCUUCCUUGCUCAGAGGUGAACUUCCCAGUCCUUGUCAAGAGGAAGACAAAAGCAAACUGGAACACGAUCAUAGAAGAGCAAAACAAACAAUUUCAAGAAAUUAAGGACUAUGAAGACAGCAAAACAGAACAACAACCAAAGUCUCCUUUCCUGAAGACGGAAACAGAGUAUAUUAAAAAUGAAGUUUUCGUUCAGCUGCUGCCCGCAUUGGAAGACACCCUUAACAAAGCCAAAAUAUGGAACGCCCUUGAAAACCAUAAGUGCUUCUUCAAUGGAAUCGACUAUAUUGUUCAAGUAUUAUUACUAUUAAGUAUCAAAUAUUCCUUAAUUACUUACAAACGGGAAAGGAUGUUUUGAAACGUUUGUUUGUUUGAAGUAAUUAAAGAAUGAUCUUAAAGCUUUUACUAGGUAGGUAUUAUAUGAAGGAUCCCCAUCAGCGUAUACCGUUUAGAGCUUCUUGUAAAAGCAAGA